UUGUCUUUCAGCUCCAGGACAUCAUCACACAUGGACGGACUCUACGUUCUUCUGGUUGUUUUCUCAGGAAUUGUUUCCUGCAGUCAUAAUUUGGUUUCUGGAUCAGUGUUGGAGGUGACAGCCAGACCUGGAGACAACAUCGCUCUCUACUGUGACUGCAAAGUGUCAAGUGGAGUAUACAUAGUGUGGAUCAGGAACUGUUCCCAUGAAAACCAACCUUCCCUUGUUCUCAGAGGAAGUGAUGUUUAUCGGUUGUAUUCCCUUCAUUUUGAAUUUGUGAAGAACGAUUCUUCUGAUUCCUAUGACCUGCUGAUCAAGAACGUCAGUAAUGCUGAUGAGGGUCUCUACUACUGUGGAACUGAGGAGCUGAAGGUGGAGAACAACAGAUACAUCACUUCCACAUUUGUUUACAGAUAUAGCAGCAUGACAACAAGGAUCAUACUCAACUCCACUGAUUCUUGUCACCAUGAGAGGCCAGAACUCUGCAAUGUGUGUUGGACGCUGCUGUUGUCUUUGUCUUCAGCUUUCAUCAUCCUCUCCUCUCUUUUGGUUUGUUGUACAUGUCAGACAACAGCUAAAGAUCCUCAAGAUGAUGACAAAAGCUCCAACACCGAAGGUCAAAUACAACACAUUCUGGAUGAAGACGUGUAUUAUGCUGCGCUGGAAAUCCAUCAGGCAACACAGCGACCAAAGAGGAAGACAAACUUUAGCUCGGAGUUAACAUUCUGCACCUUCUCUGCCGUCAGAACUUUGAGGGGACGACGGACCUAAAAAUUAUGUAUUCAUCCUGUUGGUGGUCACAGAGCUACAGAGAUGGGAUAAUCUUCCAUCAGUCAGGCCUCUGUAGCAGUUAGAAAAACCACGUCAGAGUAUCAGAGACUCACCGGAAACCCACAGCAACAAGCAGAACUCAACAUGUAGAUGGACUGCAGCUGAUGGUUGGUGGCCUGUUGAAGGUGUUUGUAUCCUGUUUCACUGUGUUCUUUGUGUUUCUUUCUAGCCAUGAAAAACGCAUCUCAGCCAAAACUGUUGAAUCUCCAUUUAACUUUGUGUAUUGGCUUAAAUGUAGUGAGUCACUUCCCAGUAGGACAAGAGGCUCCUAUUUGUGCAUUAAAGUCGAGAUAGUCACUGGGCAACAAUUCUCAUCCUAACCUUUCAGCAUGUUGUUAAUCAAAUACUCUGAGAGUUAACUAAAUAUCUGCACCUUCUUCUGGCUCCAUUUUCAGACUUUUUGAGAAUGUAACCCACAACAGGAGACUUUCAAUCAUGUGUUUUCACCCAGAUCAGGUCAGAUAUUAUAAAGAAACCAUAGUGAGUGCAGUAGUGGUGGCUGAAUGGGUUCAACAGAGGAAACAUGAAUCAAUUCAUGUGUCAGAAUAAUUAGGUCAAAUUAUGUUCAAUCUUAGGAUACAGAUGUCUGAAAUGCAGGAUUGCACAUAUGACUGGCAUCACAAAAACUAAAGAGGAAGAAGAUACAGAGUUCUGAGUUCAGCUCAUAUUUUGCAAUCAAAACCUGUAGAACAUAAAGUGUCAAACAAUUUACACUAAAGCAAAAAACGCAAAAGGAAUUUAUUAUAUUUCUGGAAUUUAAGUUUUUUGUAAACCAGUAGAGCAAUAAAUAAUAUUUUGAUACAGGAGGGGAAUAUGUAUGAAAAAAACUGUCAAAGCUUUCAUUUUCUAAUCUUUUAAAUCAAAUGUGUGUUUGAAAAGUUGCAAAUAAAUCCUUUGUCUUUAUCAGA